GGCUUAGCGACAGCUCAUCCCAUGCAGGCCCGCUCAACUCGGCUCCACCCAGCUCGGCUGUGAAGUCAGGCUGCUCCGGUGCUCUCAACUGUUGGCACUGCACCAGCAUAGCUUAGGGGCGAUGGCAAGCAUGGGGGGAUGGACAGUAAGAAAUAUCAAUUCAAUACUUCCUUCCUCGAUGAUGAUCGGUCCAAGAGUCUUGGUCGAGGUACAAGACCCGUGGACGUUGUGUUUUGCCGAUCACUCAAUUGUCACCGUGCAGAUUCAUCAUUCCUUUUGGCAGCCCCGCUAUCGCCUCAUUGGCCCCCGCUAGCGUCUAAGCUCCUCAGCCUUCAACAGCAGGUCACUGUCCAACCUCUUCCGCUUCACUCGCACGUCGCGAUCGCUCUCACUCUCCACUCUGCUAGAUCGUCUCCAAUCGCGCUUCCAAAGCUUCAUACUUCAAGUAAGUACUAUUCCCAAGCUUCUCCAACCUCAAUUGGUCCCGUGAGCACUUCCCGGAAGUCCCGCCGCCGGUCCCACGCAGCCAAACAAGACGCUCAAACAAAAUGCCGCAUCGAUGCAGAAUUUUCGGUGAACCGCAGGCUUGAAGGUUGAUAACCGACUUCAAACUACUAAGCAUCUCACUUUCCAUGAUCUCUUUCAUCUUCCCCUCGAGUCCACUCCAUCUCAUCGACGCGC